GACGCCAGCCGUGCGCAGUCCCGGGGAAUUGUUCUGCGUCGCAGUUUCCGGCUCCAAGUUGUUCGCUUUCUGCUGUUAGAAAGGCUUCCCCAGACGCCGGACGUCUUUUUUGCAAACUGGAUGUGACGUGUUGAAGAAGCCGACGGAAAUAGAAUUGAAAGCGUUCUAAAAUGGCGAACCGUACGGUCAAGGAUGCGCACAGCAUCCAUGGCACCAACCCUCAGUAUCUGGUGGAGAAGAUCAUUCGGACGCGAAUCUAUGAAUCAAAGUACUGGAAAGAAGAGUGCUUUGGACUUACGGCUGAACUUGUAGUCGACAAAGCCAUGGAGUUAAGGUUUGUGGGUGGUGUCUACGGUGGAAACAUAAAGCCAACUCCUUUCCUCUGUUUAACCUUGAAGAUGCUUCAGAUUCAGCCUGAGAAAGACAUCAUUGUUGAGUUCAUAAAAAAUGAAGAUUUCAAGUAUGUCCGGAUGUUGGGGGCACUUUACAUGAGGCUGACAGGAACUGCAAUUGAUUGCUACAAGUACUUGGAGCCUUUAUACAAUGACUAUCGCAAAAUCAAAAGCCAGAACCGAAAUGGGGAGUUUGAACUGAUGCACGUGGAUGAGUUCAUCGAUGAACUUCUGCACAGUGAGAGAGUCUGUGAUAUCAUUUUGCCCCGGCUACAGAAACGCUAUGUACUGGAGGAAGCCGAGCAACUGGAGCCUCGAGUGAGUGCUCUAGAAGAGGACAUGGAUGACGUAGAGUCCAGUGAAGAGGAGGAAGAGGAAGAUGAGAAGCUGGAAAGGGUACCAUCACCUGAUCACCGACGAAGAAGCUACCGGGACUUGGACAAGCCACGGCGCUCUCCUGCACUGCGCUACAGGAGAAGUCGGAGUCGGUCUCCCAGGAGGCGAAGUAGAUCCCCCAAAAGGAGAAGCCCUUCUCCCCGCCGAGAAAGACAUAGGAGCAAGAGUCCACGACGCCAUCGAAGCAGGUCCCGAGACAGACGACACAGAUCCCGCUCUAAAUCCCCAGGUCACCACCGUAGUCACAGACAUAGGAGUCACUCAAAGUCUCCUGAAAGGUCUAAGAAAAGCCACAAGAAGAGCCGGAGAGGAAAUGAGUAAUGGAUGCAUUUUGAUUUUAGUCUAGAUGGCCUCCUGUGAAUAUGAGAAUAUCUGUUAAAGUGAAAUGUUCAAGAUCAGGCAGCUACGAGUAUUGGGGUUUUUAAAAAUCAAGUUCUUGUUUGUUUUGUUUUUAUUUUAAUAUUACAGAGGUGCUAAGUUUUGUAUCUCUUUGAAUUAUAAUCAGCAUCUUUGGAGGGUGUCUUUGACCAAAUCAAGGUCAGGUUUUGACCUAACCAACUUACCAAGGGUAGAGAGGACCCGGGAGUUGGGGGAGAUUCAGUACAAUGAAGAGAUGUAGUCACAUGGCGACCCUUCUUAUUUGUAAUUAAACCUGACACAGUUGUCAUUUAUCUCUAGUUUCUCUAUGACACCCUAGAAUGCAGUGGUUUAUGCUGCUGUGACCCACUAGUGAAGCAUAGCACUUCUCACUGACUACAGACAGCAGCAGAAACAAACACAAACACACAGUUACUAGUUAGUGGUUUUGUAAGAACGGAACACAUUCAAACGUGAAGGUUUUUCUGGAAUUUUUUUUAAUUCAGUUUCAUUAAACAAUUCAACAUGAUUGCAAUUAACAUCCUUUAUACAAGCCAGGUAUGGUGGUUCAUACCUGUAAUCUCAACACAGGCUGAAGCAGAAUACUGUGAGUUUUUACCUAGGUUGCUUUUAGUGGGUAUGAAGUGAGAGGGUUGUGAUGGUAAUGAAAAUGACACAUUCUGUUUAAGACAGCUGCAGUAUUUCUACAUGGAUAGAAAGAGAGACUAGUAGGGUUCAGCGUGAUGAUCUAGGCCAGAACUGACAAUUGUCAAAGACAUUUAGAUUCCCAGGGAGUAUCAGUAGAUUUAAAAACAGCAGCAGCACCACAGGCAAUGCCAACAACUGUGACUAGUAAUACAGGUCACCUAGUAAAUACUGGAAUGAGCCAUUCACAAAGGUAGAAUCAGUAUGUCAAGGACACUGAAGGGUCUGAAGAUAUAGAAGCAAAAUAAAAGCUUUACUAAGUCCAUAGGCUUAAUACUGAUACUAUAGAGUAUUAUGGUCUUAACUAAAACAAUUCCUUCUGCCUGUACUUACCUUUCCUCCUUUAAGAGGGUAGAAAUGACUGACUUCUUGUCAGUAUAAUCCUAGGAAGAACUGUAAAGACCAGCUGCCUUAGAGGAACCAGCUUCUCAGGAAGUCAUAUCUGGUCCUAGGAUAAGCAUUUCUAUUGUUUGCUGUUGAUUGGGGAACUUCUGUAGCAAUAUUAAAGCAUUUCUUUUAUUUGCA